CCGACUAUAACCCAUUUAAUGAUGGAUGCUUCUAUGGGAUAUGUCCGCCGAUUGUCAAGUAAAGGUGAUAUUUUGACGGGAUUUGAUUUAGCCAAUGCGGAUAUUGUUAAGGACGAGACGGGUAUCCACAUUCGUAUAAAAAAGAAGGAUGAUCCUUUACAAAAGAAAAGUUUCCCGGAAUCAGUCAAUAUACAACAAUUAUCAAAAGACCAUGAAGCUGCUGCUAACAAAGAGGUUGAAACAGAGGAAGAUCAUUGGAAGCUGUUGUAUAGAGUUAGUGAUACACCAUCGAUUUUGAUGACAAUAUUGUUCGCAUUCCAGCAAACUUUGAUGGGUCUGCCAUUUUGUGUUAUGUCAGCCAUAAUGGUUGCCCAAGCUGUAUGUGGGGACGAUGACAACGAUCUCAAGACACGGAUGCUCUCAACAACUGUUUUCCUGUCUGCCAUUACAACUUUUUUACAAGCAACUUUUGGUGUUAGGUGA